GCAGUGACAGCAAGUGACAAAUUGGUGUUUUGUGAAUGUGACGUUAGGAAGUAAACAUAUGUUUUAAAGCUUAACAUACUUUAUUAAGUUAACAAAAUGGAUGAGCAGAACAUUCCUAUUGAUAUUAACACAACGAAAUUGUUGGACUGGCUUAUUAGCAGGCGACAUGUUAACAAAGAUUGGCAAAACAACAUCCUAAAAGUAAGAGAAAAGAUUAAUUCAGCUAUACAAGACAUGCCAGCCCAUGAGGGGAUUAUAAAACUUUUAUCUGGGCAGCAUAUUAAUUAUUUCCACUGUUUAAAAAUAGUUGAUAUCUUGAAGGAAACAGAGGUUGACACAAAGAAUUUAUUUGGUCGGUAUGGCUCCCAAAGAAUGAAAGAUUGGAAUGAUAUACUUUCCAGUUACCAAAAGGACAACUUGUAUUUGGCUGAAGCAGCUCAGAUGCUUAUGAGAAAUGUUAGUUAUGAAAUUCCUGGUUUAAAAAAACAAGUGACAAAACUGGAGCAAUCUCAACAGGAGUGUGAAAAGAAAAUCAAAGAUUAUAGUAAAGUUGAAUCAACUGCUUUAAAGGAGUUCAAUAUGGCAUGUGAACAGUUGGGAAUUCCUGGGAAUAACAUAAAAUCUGAAUUAGUUGGUUUAUUGGAUGAGUUGCCUAAAAUAUAUAAAGAAACAUCUGAGAAAAUUAAAAUUGUUAAACCAGCUAUUGAAUUGUAUACAGAAUUCACAAAAUUUUUAACAAGUAAAGACAGAAACAUUGAAGUAUUAAGUACUCUGAAGUAUUUAGUUGAAAAGGGUAACACCACAACAUAUGAGUAUACAUAUGGAGAAAAGCCUGUUAGGAUAGAAGAAGAAAAGGUGAACAUACAAAUUGAAGAAGAAGCAAAAAAGGAUGAUAUUGAUUUUGGAGAUAUAGAUUUUGGUGAUAAUGGAAAUGAAAUUGACUUUGGAGACAUUGAUACAAAUAAUACAAUUGACUUUGGUGGUGCUGAAGGAGACAUUGACUGGGGAAAUUUAAAUACAGAAGAAGAAUUUGAAAUAGUCAAUCAUGUUGAUAUUAAUUUGGAAGAGUCAGGCAUUGUUUUGGAAAAGUCUGGUUUAGAUGGAGGCAUUGCUAGAGGAGAAGAAGCCCUAACAAUUUUGGACAAUCCUAAAACAAGAGAACAAAUUAUCAACAAUUUAAUGGAGAUUCAAGCAUUUUUGAAAAUUCGUUUGUUUGAGAUGGCAAGUGAAUCUGAUUUGUUGGCUAUGACCCACAUGCAAGAUGCUCCCACAAUCCUUCAGAUGCAGACAAUCGAAAGUAUUACUGCUUUAAUUGAUUGUGUAAAUGUUGCACUGAACCAGUUGACUAAUAAAAGAGUAGAGCAUUUACAUAAUAUUAAGCAUUCAAACAAAUAUGUUGAUAUACUAACUGCUAGCCUAAAGCAAAAAUUGUCUAAUUGUGAGAGGAUGAAAUCGAAUAAAGCACUUCUGGAGGAAAAAAUUAAUAGUUUGAGAAAGGAAGAGAGAAGUUUGCAUCCUGUCAUCAAACUAUUAAUAGAUAAAACAAAGGAAUUGCAAAAACACAUUCAAGAAGAUAUUUCAAAGAAGUACAAAGGAAGAAUUGUAAAUAUAAUUGGUGGUGUGAAUAUGUUAUAACUUAAACCUACAAUUUACUGUAACAUAAAAUUUGUUAAAUAUGAAAAAAAUGUAAUUUGUAUAUUAAAUAUGUUUGUAUUUAAGAGUUUGACAACUUGUUAGGAGUAAAUUUCCUUUGAAUAUAAAUUAACUGUAUAUUUAAAGUAAAUUUCAAAUAAAAUUUUGCAACAA